GCGCGUCGAAGGCUGACAAUGUCAGACAAACAACCCCGGCGAUAGCCUUCUAAUACUAUGAAUUUGCCGACUAUUUCCCAACAUAUCCGGUUUCGUAAUUGCGAGAUACAGUAGUAAAAGACCUACCCAUUUCUGCUGUCAGCAAUAGAAAGCCAUGGCAAAUCGCGAAAAGUUCUACUUUUACCCCCCAACAUGGGACUUCCCCCCUGAAGGUCCUCUGAAGUUGGGCAAUGUUCUGUCGUCUAUAAAAAAGCCAGAGCGGCCACUUUGCUGCUUGAAUCCGUCAAAUGAUUGUUCCAUCUUCAGCACCGAGCAACAAUCCGUUAAGCUCACCAACGACCAGCAACAGCAUGGAAAGCUCUCAGUAUCGACCAAGAUUAUGAGCAUAUUUGGCCUCUCUGUUGAAGCAUCUCCCAAUCUCCAACACAAAAACGAAGAGACAUUUGCGUUUGACAGAAUGAAAACGACCCAGUUCACACCAACUCCAGGAUACUUACAAGCCUGCAUCGACACAGAGAGCGUUCACCGGUUCUUAGGCGCAACUCGUUAUCGAAAACCAGUCUAUAUAAUCACCGGCCUAAAGAUUGUUACCGGAGCUCAGGCAGCUACGCUGAAGUCUCGUUCCAAGGGAUGCUCAGUUGGUGUUGAAAUCGAUGCAACUGUCUAUAGCGGCGGUAUGAUACCACUUGGCGGAGGCCCAUCUGUUGAGGUACAGACAAGAAAAUCGGCUAGUACAGCAUGGGAAAAUUCUGGUGAUUUUGUCUUUGCAUAUCGUGCUAUUAGAGUGGUUGUGGCCAAAGCUACAAACCUUGUACAGAGCGAGGACGACUAUCGCAAAGGGGCCAUGCUUGGGAAUGAGGAGAUAGAAGAGCAUAGAAGACCGGCGUUAGGGAUAGCCAAUGUCGAUUGGCCAGAUAUAGAGAUGCAUGGGUAUGACACGGAGCAGUUGCUUGAUGAUGCUGAUGUGCUCUAUUGUACAAUUCCUAGAGAGGAUGACGACUAAGUACACUGGAGAGUGCGCAAUAAAUAAAUCAAUAUAUACAUACAUACACAUUCGAAUCCGCCUCCACUACUACUUUUUUAGUACAUUUCUGAUUUCAUGGUUUGCCCAUUCCAAUCCUUGUCCAAAGAGGUUAUGUUUAUGCAAACUGAGCUGUACGCAAAAAUAGUCGUCCCUCGGUUUAUAGUUUGGCCCUCGCUGAGCGCAUCUCUUCAAAAGGGCUUGCAUUGUGCUUUUUCGCUUCAAGGAUAAGGCCUCAGCUUCUGAUAAAUGCGCCCGCGCAUAUUGAAGCAAGAAAGCUGAGAUACCCGCCAUAAUUGGUGUUGCGUACGAGGUGCCUGACCUAGACACAACGUAGUCGUCAUCUUGUACUUUCGCACCACUGCAAAGAGCUAUUGGCCACGCGGCUUCAAUAGAUUGACCGACAGUCGCAAUAUUGAUGGUGUUUGGCUCAGCGGUCGGACUAAAGUCGGAUCUUGAACCAUUGGUGUUGGUGGAGUGUACGCAGAUUACCUCCGAGCUGCUGGACGGAUAUGCUCGACCAAGUCGUCCGCCGUUAUUUGAUGCAGCAGCAAACAUGAGAACCUUCUGAUCGUAAGCAUGAUCGAUGGCUGAUUGAACGGCUUGGAAUCCCUCAAAAUCGGAUGACGGCCACCCAAACGACAUGGAUAUAAUAUCGACUCCCCAUUCGUCUGUUGCAAAUUGGAUAGCCUAGAAAUGUCAGCAUCGCCAAUAAAGCAAGAAGCCAACGGCUGAUACAUACUUCUGCUACAAUAUGUCCAUCGGGGAUAGUGUUCUCUUUGCCUAUGAUCUUGAUAACAUAAAGCUCAGCAUCUGGGGCGUAGUCAAGAAUCAGGUUGGCUGUGAAGGUCCCGUGUCCGUUCCAAUCCGCCACGCUCUUUUUGUUAGAACUGUCGUGGAAGUUGCGCUUGCCUUUGAUUCUAUCGUCACAGUUGUCUAAUCUGACAUGGUUUCGAUCAAUGCCUGUAUCAAGAAUGGCGAUUUUAACGUGCUGUGUAGUAGUUGGUGGAAUGAACGCUUCAUAUACUUUUAUGUAUUCAGCUUUCCAUGUUUGAUAUUUCUUUGUUCUAUGUUUCAAUGAGUUAACAUAGAGGCGUUCAUAACGGUACGGAAUUGAGCUUGUUAAUACGUACUCUGCCACAGACACAUCAUGGCCAUCGACUUCAUCAUCAAAGAAUUGAGAUAUACGGUAGUCCGAGGCGGCAAUCGGCAAAGGGGUUUGCUCAGGAAGCAGAUGCGGAAUGAUAUUCUGGAAUGGGGGAUAUAAUGACACUCCGGGUAUAAUAGUACCGGGUCCAAAAUAUCCAACUUGACCAUAGGCUUGCGCCGUUUUCUCUAGUGGCAAAGUGGAUAUAGCUGGGCUUGCUGAGCGUCUUGUAGCUGAAGCUAAUCGAAUACUGCGUCGAUCAGCUCUUUUGUCAGUCAUAUCGUGUCCCCAAUUCAUAAAAUCCAAGGAUUGGGCAUAUUGAUCAAUAUUUUCCAACGGAACAUCUUGAAAGGCAUAGCUCAAAUCACACUCGAGCAAAAAUACAACCGUCUGGUAUAUAUUCGUUCUGAGUUCAAUACUGUCCCAAGGUUGACCGAUAUCAUCUUGCCACAAGGAGAUAUCCAGACAGUUUUUGAUGGCCUCGGAUAGUGGCGACCUUGGGGGCAUAUCUUUAAUAACUCCUCGCACACCACUCUUCUCAUCACCGUGGAACAGCAGCUCGACAUCAAGUUGGGAGAUGGGGCCAUCGGGAUCUCCAAAUAGAUCAACACCGUGCUCUUGAGCGAUCCUCUUGAAUGGCUUCGCAUAGUACACCUCCAUUAACACUGCUGCCAACGAAAUGAGAGCUGGACAACAGUGCUCACCACAGUUGUCAUGACUAUUGGCCUCAGCAUCAUCACUAUGAAUAGCAAGACUGAUAUCUGACGGAUCACUGGGAUCCAUCGAGGGCAGCUGUGUCUGAAUAAACGGUCUUAAGGGGGUUUUUGAUUUAGUUGUCUGAAAGAAUUUAAUAUUUUCAGAGCUCCACCCCGACUGUAGCCAUGGAGUGCCUUGGAGAUGUAUAACUGCGUAGCCCAAAAGAAGAGAGAGUAUUCGCUUAGUCCGUUCAGAGAAGCAUCCGCGUCCUUCCUCCAAGUAUUCAGAUAAAGCCAUUGGUUCGACGUUGGCAUCUAUUGGGAACGUACUUCUUUCGAAGCCCAUGUCGAACAGCGUGCCCUUGGUGAGUUUGAGCACCAACCGUCGCUGCAUGUUCCUUUUUGUCAUAAUAAUUGGCUUACAAAGGCUCUCAAUCUGUUUUGAAGCUCUCUUUUCGAGUACCCUCUGUCGCUUUUUCGGUGGUGAGUCAUCCUGGACGGCAAACGAGACAGUCCUAUCAUUUGCUGCCUGAACACGGACUUCCUGCAAGCCUUGGUCCAUGGAGAGGAACAUGCCUAGAUCAACGUCCCCCGCCUCUAAAUCGCAUUGCGCUGGUUGCUGUUGGGAUUGAACCGGAACUCGCUCCUCCGUUUCUAUAUUUGAUCGCCGAUAACUUCCAAGUUGGAGUUGCGCGCUGAAGUCAUGUUGCCCAGGACAGGCACAUUUACAGCUAUUGAGAAGUGCGUCAAAGGUCGAUCGUGCUGCCUUGUGGAUUUCGUGUGGUGGUUCGCCGACAUUAGAUGGUUUAGAUGGCUUCACUGGAGCAAUGUCUGCAGGGUCGGACUGCUGCUUUUCGAAGGCGUCGGCGCAAGCCUGUAACGUCGCCUCGAUGGUCUGUCGCUCUGCGCUGGGUCUCAGCCAUUGCGCUACAAAUGCCCGUUUCGCUUCUGGGUCCUGUUGUAGUAUUUGUAGCCAGGAUGAAUUUAUAUUCUCCAGCUGUUCUUCCAGAGGGCUGGCGUUGGCAAAUAAGGAGCCCAGUCGCUCGAUCGUCUGUUGGAUAAGCUCACCGCACGCUUGCGUCGCUCUUUCGUCGAGAUGGCCUGAACAGGACUGUAUUCGUAGGCAGAUAGCGGUUAGAUGGCAGUAGAAUAUUUUAUUUUCGAAAUCAGCAUCGUGUUCGCGAGCAAUGUCGGCCAUCUGCAUAAUGGUUUGGGCGGUCUGCGCUAGCAAUCCCCCGCCUGAGCCAGCAUCGGCGGCCAGUGUCAUUGUAUCUGCUGUGCUGACCAAGUACCGGAAUAUACUUGACAAGUGUUGUACAUGCCCAUAUAUUCACCAACAAGGCUGGUGUUCCCGCGCUAUAGUUCC